AUGUCAAACCCUCAAAUUGAUCAACUAUUUGACCUCGACCUUGCUUUGACCACGGUGGACGAUUCAGCCAGUGUGAUCGAGAUCGCAGACACGUCGGCACCUCACCGGAAUGACUUACCUCCGGUGACUGCUGCCUCUGGUGUUUGUACCUUCUAUGUGAACGGCAAUCAAUUAUUUGACCUCGAUCUGGCUUUGACCAUGGCGGACGACUCUGCCACCGGCGUGAUAGGAAUCUCAGACUCGGUCGUACCUCACCGGAAUGAAAUGCCGACGGUGCCUGCCUCUGGUGUUUGUACAGUCUGCAUGGAAGGCUUCCGAUCAGGCGAGGAUGGUAAACAAGUUCCAUGUGGCCACUUAUAUCAUGAAGUCUGUAUCAUAAAGUGGCUCUCUCUCCACAAUUCUUGCCCUCUGUGCCGGUUCCAAGUCUCCGUUAAAGAGAGGCCGGUUCAUGGAGCCUCCGGAGCCCCACAGAAGGUUAGUAGUAAAAACCGGUCAAUUCCGGCGUCUCCCGCGAGAUUAAAAAUUAGGAUCUUGAUAUCUUAA